AGCUCCAAGCGAUGCUCCAUCUAACGUACGUUUAAUCCAAGGAUCGCAUGGCAGAUCAUUAACAGUUACAUUUAAAAAACCAAGUAGACCAAAUGGCCGGAUAACUAUAUAUGAAAGUAGUAUACACAACUUGGACUCUAAUUCAAUUAAAACUCAAAAUAAUACUGCAUCUUCUAAAGAUGCAAUGUUUUCAAAUAGUGAUGAGACCACUAUUACCAUAACUGGCUUGAAACCAUUUACAAACUAUAGUAUUAAGAUAAGAGCAUACACAAGCGUAGGGAGUGGUCCGUGGAGUGAAUAUGUUAAACAGCGCACACAUGAAGCAG